AUGGCGAAUGCAACUGCAAGAAAUAUAAAUUGGACUUAUGCACAGGCGAAACGAAAAUGCAGUGAAAAACAUUCAUGUUUUGUUGAAAUAGAAACACAAGAACACAUAGCUUUAUCUCCAUAUUAUAUUGGCCGUAUUAAACACGGUGUUCAAGAGCAAAUUGAACAUAAAAUACAACGUUGGAAAUUUCUUGAUGAAUAUGGCGGGAUUAUAGUUGCUUAUGAUAAUAUAAAAGUACUGCAAAGAUCAGCAGAAAUUUAUGAUGAAUCCCCAUUAUUACAUUUUGAUAUUAAAGUGAAUUAUAUCGUAUUUAAACCAGAGAUUGGAAACAAGUUAUUUGGUGUAGUAAAUAAGACAAGUAGCAGCCAUGUUGGUUGUUUGGUUCAUGAAAGAUUUAAUGCAUCAUUGGCUAAACCAAGAUCAUGUAAGAACAGUUGGGUUGGGAGUAAUCUGGAGAUUGGAAAUGAGUUUGUAUUCCGUGUUUUGGAUUUAAGGACUGUUGCAGGAGUGUUGUCAAUUGCGGGACACAUAAAAGAGAAAGACAUGAAGUAUGUCAA